AUGGAAGUUGCUCUUCUCUCAUUCACUUCCUCCUUAUCUCCUCUCUCCCACAACCGAUCCCUAACCCAAACCCCCAAACUCACAAAAUCCCCAAACUACCCUCGUCUCCCACCCAUCAGAUCCGCAGUCUCUCGUACCAAAAAAGAAGAAACCGUCGAAACCGUCAAGUCCCAUCUCGAGAACUGCCACCUCCUCGCCGCCAUAAACUACAAAGGCCUAACCGUCAAACAGUUCCAAGACCUCCGUAGAACUCUCCCGGACACAACAAAGCUCGUCGUCGCCAAGAACACUCUUGUCUUCAAAGCUAUUGAAGGCACUAAAUGGGAAGCUCUCAAGCCUUGUAUGAAGGGUAUGAACGCUUGGCUCUUUGUUCAGACAGAUGAAAUCCCUUCUGCUAUCAAACCUUACCGGAGUUUCCAGAAGGAACGUAAGUUAGAGGAUAAUGACUUCGCUGGUGCUGUCUUUGAAGGUAAGUUUUAUGCUCCUGAUGAUUUUAAGGCCCUUGAGACUAUGCCUACUCGUGCUGAGGUUUAUGCUAAGUUGCUUGGUGCUCUGCAAAGUCCGGCGAUUAAUCUUGUUUCGACGUUACAAGCCCCGGCUGUUGAGGUUAUUAUGGUGCUUAAGGCUUAUGUUAAGAAGCUUGAAGAUGAGAGUGCUGUACUCAAUCCAAGACUAACUAGUAAGAACUGUUGAUGCACAUUGGUUGAAUCUCUUUCUCACCUCAAAUGCAACAAACAGGUUCAUAUUAUGUUAGAAGUAGUGAAAAAAGUGUACAUGAGAAGGUUGAGAUGAUUUAGGAAUGUUCUCCAAGUAGAGCUCCCAUUCUUGUUAUCCCUUCUACUCAGCAACCUCAUCCUCACUUGGCAUCUUUCCUUUGAUUAAAUUCUUAAGCCAAGGAUAUGAUCCUUGUGUAAAUGUUUGAGACUGGUUCA